AUGUCCAAGCCAUCGGUCGUCACCUCCCGGUCGACCUUGAUGCACGCUUCCCUUGCCUAUCUUUCAGACGAGAUACGCACCCUGGACUCAAUUAUCACCUCCCCGUCGUCUUUGCCGUCGUCCUGCUCAUCACUUCUCGCGAUGCCCACCGAAAUCCUGCUUCUAAUACGUUCUCACCUCCUUCUCGCGGUCACCACCGAACUAAUGGACCGCUCAACUUCUGCGCUGAAGCGCUACGAAUCCUCGCUGCGCGUCCUUCUAUGUGCAGAUUGCAUUGCGUAUAACCAGGAUGUGUACGGGAAAGAUAUAUGGGAAUGGGAGCAGUUUUCGGGAGCCUGUUCGUGCGCUGACAUCGUGACGCCUCGUAUUCGCCAUCUUCCCACCACUACCAUCAACCCCAAACGUUUCGUUGAUCGCGUUCAUUGGCUCGAAUACUAUCUCUCUCGGAAAUCGCUUCGUCUCCUCCGCGGUCGCCCGACAUCAUCUAACAAAUCACAAGACGUGAUCUGGGAGGCCGUGUCCGUCGUGCUGGAGAAUUUUGGAUGCAAGGUUGUCAUGAGAAACCCACAUUACCGACACUUUCUUCCACUAUUGCACGACAAAACUGUUGUCGUCGUUCCUGAGACGGAGUGCGAAUCGUGGUGGUUGACCGGAGUCACGCUGAAUCGGGUGGACAGAGACCUCGGCCUGUCUUUGCAUCAUCACAACGUUCUUGAAGAUCCCGUUGAUGGCGUCUCCCCCCCUCCCAGUGUUUCACGGUCGUUUCACUGCUCCCAACGGAAACAGGCCUUCACCCGCCAAUCUUCUAUCCUUCGUCCUACCAUGGUAAACAUCAGCGAUGCGCUUAGCGCCCUCUUUGCCAUUCCCGUUGCGUUUGUGACAUUCAUUCUCGCGAUUCUUUGUUUUUAUUCACGACCAGGUGCAUUCAGAAUCAUGUGA